AUGAGUGAGUCGAAUUCUCCACGGCAUCAGUCUGAGCCUGCUGAUGCCAGCGCGACCGACGCUGAAGAGCAGAAGGUCUCGUCGUCAGAUUCGAAGGUGGAGAGCCGUGUCAAGAUUGUGUUCAUAUCUGGUCAACAGGGCUCGGGAAAGUCUGCCUUCGCGGAAGCUCUCUUCUCCUGUGCGACUGCUAAGAAGCAGCACCCUCGAGUAGUUCUGUUUGAUGGCGACGUGUGGGCGCUGGGGUACGAUCCAACCAUCGGGCCCAAUCCUCCACCGGAGUCGAAGGUGAAAGAUGACACUCCCUUCCGCGAGAGAAUGACAGCCAUCUCGACGUUUCUGGCCGAGUUCCGAAGUAAGGGCAAGGAGGAAGAAACAACUGGCGAUGCCGAUGAAGAUGCAUACCAAGACGACGAGAAACAUGCCUCAUCGUGGCAGCCUUUUUACGCCGCAAUGUGUGAAGAUGCGCUUCGUGUUGGGGCGAAGCAACUGCAGCAGGCAAACGAUGAUGGUCAGAACUGUGUUGUGCUCAUAACGCAUGCUGUCUACCGCCGCUCGAUGCGCCUCUUCGUCAAGAGCCAACUUGGUGACCGCCUUGCGCGAUGGAUCUUCGUGGAUCCCUCGCCUAAACUAGCAAUCCAACGAGCUGCCGAGCGCUGCGCGAAGCAGUAUGCCGCAAUGGGUAAGUCGGCAGAGGAAUGGGCUAGGUUGCUGGAGCCAAACAGUGCCGGAUUCCAGCGUCCGUCGAUCGCUGAACUCGAUGCACUCGGCGGGGCCGACACGGGCAAGGUGGCGGUGCUGGAGAACAAGAGCCAGGAUCUCGAGCAUUUGAAGGCGGUUGCUCAAGACAUGCUGGCGGACAACACUCUGUUCUGA